GACGCAUCAUUGGCCGAAAGUCCCGAGUGCCUCCCAAAGUUUUUCCAGCUCCAACUUGGUCAACUUCGUAACAACUGAGGACAAGUUACUCCGAGUUUCUCUCCGUGUGGACGCUGUAUGUUUGCUCUCCGUGACAGAAAGGUAUUAUGAGUUUUCUGGAUUGGAAUUAGAUAUCGAUCCCACCCCCACCGCCCCAAAAAAAGCAUGUCCUCCCCCGGAGACUGGAGAGAUGAGCUUUCUACGGACGAGGAUGUACACCCACCGCGGCUGAAGAAGCGCACGGCGCAGGUGUCCUGCCUGCCCUUCAGCGUGGAGGCGCUCAUGUCGGACAGGAGGCCGCUGAAUGCGAUGGACGAGGAAAAGGGAGAUUUGAAUGAUGAUCAGGCGAACAGACCGGAUGAGUUUUCUCAUCUGUUAGUGCCUGUCAAAUCCGAACCAUCGGAACAAGGGGACAGCGCGUCUUGGAUAUCCAGCCCGAUUAAGAUGUCCACACCACCCCGGCAGCUCAGUCCAGCAGUCUGUUCCUUGAGGAAGCACAAAACCAACCGCAAGCCUCGCACUCCCUUCACCACCACGCAGCUCCUGGCCUUGGAGAGAAAGUUUCGUCAGAAGCAGUACCUGUCCAUUGCCGAGCGGGCCGAGUUCUCCUCCUCCCUGUCGCUGUCUGAGACCCAGGUUAAGAUUUGGUUCCAAAACAGACGAGCCAAGGCCAAGAGGCUUCAGGAGGCUGAGGUGGAGAAACUCAAGAUAGUAGCGCCGUUGGACCCAAGUCUGUAUUGCACCCAGGACUUCUCGUCCUUAAGUUUCCCCCUCAGUGUUAACCUGCAGGCUGGUUCAGCAGCCCUCUACGGACUGGGCUGCUCAUACAGCCGCAGCCCCAUACUCCCUGCUGCACAUCUGGCCAUGUAUGCCUCACAGGUCGGCUACAGCCUGUUCCACCUCUCCUGAGAGGGAGCAGCAUCGCACAAAGAAAGUGCUGUGGAUGUGGAUAGGUGUAAAAGGGACACAUGAGAGCAUAUUAUUACGUUUCGCACCUUACAAGAAACUUGUCUGUUAAGGAUCUGAACUUGGGCUGAAGCUUCUUGAUCAAGGAGAAUUUAUAAAUGUCCUCAUUCUUUUUAAAAGAGACGGACAAGGAUACAGCACCCAACAGUCCUUCAUUGAUGUUUGUAAAUGCUGAUUCAGCAGGGGUCACUGAUAGUGAAUGGAAUAUUGAUAAGGCCACAUGUAUCUGAUUAUUGUCUUGAAUACAUACCAGAUCACAUAUAUUGUAGCCUUUUUAAUUGUCUUUUUUUUUUUUUUACUCUUUUUGUAUUUCCUGGAUGAUUAAUUUUCACUUGUUAUCAUUGAACAUGCAGGGAUAUUUUAUACUCCUCAAAGAAGAAUAAGAGGCUACAGUUGGAGAGUGACAUUUUGGCCAGGUGAUGUCUGCAUGAAAGAUUCAAUAUUCCCAAAUGACACAUAUUUAUUUAUGAUAGCCCUUAGAUUCUUAUAUUUCAUGAUUCAUAUCUACAUUUUUUUAAAGUUCAUAUUUCAUGUGUUUGACAUUAAAUUAAAACUUUUAGUUAACCCUCUAUUCUGUUCUCUUUGCUUGUUUGUGGCAUCGGUUGACGUCAGUGACUUGGUGAGCGAAUGCCAGUCUUACUCGAAUUUGUGUCGUGAUACACAACUUUAAAUGUGUGUCUCAGCUGUUGGUGUUUCAGUUCUUAAUCUGUUAGUACAUCUGCUUCUGUCAUGCAGCUGCCUCGUCUCGUGUACUCCUCAUCCACCAAGAAGCUGUUUGUGGUUGUUGACCCAUUCUGUGUGCUAUGUCUUUCCACAAACACUAAGGGUGGUUAUAGAUAAUACUACACUAAUCUUCUAAGGAAACUUCUUUAAGUUUAAGAAACUUCUAUAGUGAACAUGCAUACUGUAUUUGAGAUUCUGCAGUUCUCAUGUAUGGGUUGAUGUUGCUUUCCCUCCACUGACUGCAGUGUGAACUCUCCCAGAUUGAUUUUCUUGACAUUUAUAGUUAUGAAUCCCCUUUGGAAAUGCAGCUACUCUCCGCAUAAACUGUCUUUUCCCAUGAUCUUGCUGUGUGCAAUGGGCGUUUUUCGCAACAAACAUUUUGACUUGUCAAAGUAGAAAAAGCACAGAUGUUACUAAUAACACUAACAAUGGCUCUGAUCUAAGUGUUCCAGUAAGCCCUAACAGAGUAACAUUAAUUUUAUUGUUUGCUAUUGUUCUUUCCUACAAUAAAAUGUCAGAGUGUCUUCUGUGAAGAAGACCAAUACAAAUGCUGGAUUUCUAACUCUUGAUCAUA